CUGUAAACACCGACUGUGCCUUUCUGUCUACUUUGUGACUUAUUGAUGGGGUAGUUAGCUGAUAGUAAAUCAUAUGGUAACUAGCUAAGAUCGACAUCAAAAUGUUUCUUUAGCUCAUAAAAUCUGAUGCGCAAGAUGCGAUGCUAUCUUCACACAUUUCUUCUGUGCAUGAUCUUCAUCUUCUUUUCAUUGUUGUACGUGUUCAAUCAGCUAGCCUCCACCUUGGAGGACAGAGACGAGUGGAGGGUGAAAGAACACGAAAUACCUGACGGGAGAAGUCAUGAUACCGGGCACCUGCUCAGGAAAACGCCAGGCCUGGCAGGCCUCCGAGACCGUGAAGAAGGGCUCGACAGGUGUAAGUCACUGUCAGUUUCUUACUGGAAUCCAUAUUGGAGACUGCCUGCUGAUGUUUGUGGAGUGAACUGCUUAUUGGAAUCAUCUUUUAGCGAGCAGUCAGGCUCUGCAGUGAAGCAGCGCAGGGAUGAGAGGAGUCACCUGGCUGUUGUGGCCUGUGGCCCCAGGCUAGAGGAAACGGUCACCAUGUUGAAGUCUGCUGUUCUCUUCAGCAAAAAGCCUCUGCACUUUUAUAUCUUUGCUGAGGAUGAGCUUCACGACAGUUUUAGAAACACUCUGGGAUCGUGGCCUCAGAUGAUUCGGGCCACAUUUAACUUCACCAUCUACCCUAUCACUUUUCCCAAGGACAAUGAAAGAGAAUGGAAGAAACUCUUCAAACCUUGUGCCUCUCAGAGGCUUUUCCUGCCACUGAUUCUGAAGCAGGUGGACUCACUGCUUUACGUAGAUACAGAUAUUCUUUUUCUGCAGCCAGUAGAAGACAUCUGGGCCCUGCUUUCUCGAUUCAGUUCAAGCCAAUUAGCUGCCAUGGCUCCAGAACAUGAGGAACCACGUAUUGGCUGGUACAACCGUUUUGCCCGCCACCCUUACUACGGCAAGACGGGCAUUAACUCAGGAGUCAUGCUCAUGAACAUGACGCGCCUCAGGGAGAAAAUAUUCAAGAAUGACAUGACAACAGUUCCCCUGAAGUGGGAGGAAAUUUUGAUGCCCCUUCUUCAGAAGUAUAAACUCAACAUCACCUGGGGUGACCAGGACCUUCUUAAUAUCAUAUUCCAUCAUAACCCAGAAAGCCUAUAUGUGUUUCCCUGCCAGUGGAACUACCGUCCAGACCACUGUAUCUAUGGCAGCAACUGUCAAGAGGCUGAACAAGAAGGUGUCUUCAUUCUCCAUGGUAACAGAGGAGUUUAUCAUGAUGACAAGCAGCCAGCAUUUCGAGCUGUCUAUGAAGCAAUUCGAAAGUACCGGUUUGGCGAGAACAUGGAGACCUCGCUGCUUCGUCCGCUGGAGACGUCGCUGCAGACGACCACGCACACCUACUGCGGCAGAGCUAGUCACUUGUUUACAAAGAGGUUAAAGAAGAGCGUCAUGUCCAUCACACAGAGAAGAUGAUGAGGGGGUCAGCGUGGCUAAUAUUUCAUAAUGUCUCUUAAGAGCAACUUAAGUUAUUCCUUUUGAUGACAGUGAGCUGGAUCACAGACAGACUCAGGUUAACACGGGGUCGUCAUUUGUUUACAAACUACGUACUGAGGCGCUGGGAAUGGAGUAGGGUAAUCUGUUUUUGAGAUUUUAUUUAUUUUCUUUUAUUUUUAUUCUAAAUCUAAUGCCGGUACAUAUCCUUAAAACGAACACAGCGGGCUUAUAGAGAACAGUGCACUGAGCCGACUUUGCCCAGCAGAGAUUUUGGAGUUCGUAGGCAAAAAGAUGUUUUCUGUACUUCAGACAAUCAGCUUGUGUUUUUGUUGUAUUUUGACGCAGAACCUACAGUCACUUUGGAUAAUUCUGUAGUGAAUUUUUAAAUUUUUUUGGGGGGGGUAUCAAGAGUAUUUUAUUAGAGUUUUAUAUACAUUUCCACUCCAGUUUAUUUUACAGAGAAGGGAUGUUUUCAGGUACUAUUUUCAGCUACAUGAGGAUUUUUUUUUUUUUUACUGAAAGCAGGCACAAACAUACAGGAUUUCAUCAGUAUUUAUUAUUGUUGGACAUGUGUAUCCAGAAGCACUUUUUUAUGUCUGUCUCAAUAUUUUAACAGGAGUCAUUUCAUGUACUUCAGUAUGGGAGUUUUCAGUGCAUUGUGUACUGUAUCCUGUCAUAACAUUGUCCAGUAAUUGUUACAGUGAAUGGGGAACAGUGUAUGGGAGCAUUGUUUUUAAUGAAAACAGCUGGCAUGAAUGUGUAUUAACAAAUGCACAGCUGAUGAUUGUAUCAAAUGUGUUGAUUUUAACAUUUUACUGCAAAACUGGAGUAAACAUUUUA